AUGGCCUGUGCAACAAAAGAUUUGAUCCAUGAUAAUUAUAUUAUAAAGUCAGUCAUUUCGGCUCUUAGUUGGGCGUUUGGAUGCUUCGCUAUUGCAACCUACUUAUUUAGCAUAUUUAAAGUACUUCCUCGAUUAGCAUUAAACCAACACUCUGUCUUCAGUAUCGAUGCAGAUCUUCCUGAAGACCAUUUGACUGCAAACCGGUUUAUACCAAGCCCUAACUCAAUGCUUAAAAUAUAUUGGACAUAUACAAUCACUACAUUUGUUCUUACUUUAAUUUUAUCAAUAUUGAGAGGUUAUUUUCAAGAAACUGGUGAAGAUACGUCAUUUAAUAUAACUCACACACUUCUAGGAGUUGGGCUUGGAAUUUCGGACGUGUUAGGAAUCGUAUUUUUUAUGAAGUAUGGAAGAUUAGUUAUUAAAUUACUUGAAGAAAGUGCUACACUAAUAGGAUUGAUGGACAUAAGAAAUUCGCAGUUUAAGACUUUAUGCCUAGAAAAUUAUCCUCAAGAUUAUAAUUUUAGCCUACUUGUUACAGUUGGUUGGCUUGGGUUUUUAGGUUUUUUUGCUGCUCUUCUAAGAAAAACAAUAGAACAAUACAUGCCAUGGUACAUAAUUAUAGCAGCUAUAAGCUUAGAUGGAACCACUACGUUAAUGUUGAUCACACUUCUUGGAAUUAUUUACGG